CAGUGGCUGCCUCCAGGUGAUGAUGGCCGUGUGAGUGCCCGCCAUGGCCCACCGGAAGCGUCAGAGCACGGCGAGCAGCAUGUUGGACCACAGAGCUCGGCCGGUCCCUGUCCCCCACAGCCAGGAGCCUGAGAGUGAGGACACAGAGCUGCCCCUGGAGGGGUACGUUCCCACGGGCCUGGAGCUGGCCACCCUGCGGCCAGAGAGCCCCACGCCUGAGGAGCCGGAGUGCCACAACCACAGCCCCGAUGGGGACUCAAGCUCUGACUAUGUGAACAACACGUCAGAGGAGGAGGACUAUGACGAGGGCCUCCCCGAGGAAGAGGAGGGUGUCACCUACUACAUCCGCUACUGCCCCGAGGAUGACAGCUACCUGGAGGGCAUGGACUGCAAUGGCGAGGAGUACCUGGCCCAUGGCGUGCACCACGUGGACACUGAUGAGUGCCAGGAGGCGCUGGAGGAGUGGACGGACUCGGCAGGCCCGCACCCCCACAGCCAUGGGGCCGAAGGCAGCCAGGACUACCCGGACGGCCACCUGCCCAUCCCUGAGGACGAGCCCUCCGUCUUGGAGGCCCAUGGCCAGGAAGAAGGCGGCCACUACUGCCCCAACAAAGAGGGCUACCAGGACUACUACCCCUCGGAGGCCAACGGGAACGCAAGCAGCGCCUCCCCCUACUGCCUGAGGCGCGGGGACGGGGACCUGGAGGACCAGGAGGAGGACAUCGACCAGAUUGUGGCCGAGAUCAAGAUGAGCUUGAGCAUGACCAGCAUCGCCAGUGCCAGCGAGGCCAGUCCUGAGCACAUGCCCACGCAGGGGCCCGAACUGGGGCCUGGGGACUCCAUGGAAGCCUGCCCACCCAGCGAGGCCAGCUGUGCCCCCAGCAGGCACGAGGGAAGGCCCAAGUCACUGAACCUCCCUCCUGAGGCCAAGCACCCUGGAGAGCCACAGAGAGGCUUCAAGGCCAAGAGCAGGACCCCAGAGGAGAGGCCAAAGUGGCCCCAAGAGCAGGUCUGCAAUGGUUUGGAGCAGCCGAGGAAGCAGCAGCGCUCUGAUCUCAAUGGACCCGCUGACAAUAACAACAUCCCAGAGACAAAGAAGGUGGCAUCAUUUCCAAGUUUUGUGGCUGUUCCAGGGCCCUGUGAGCCGGAAGACCUCAUUGAUGGUAUCAUCUUUGCUGCCAACUACCUGGGGUCCACCCAGCUGCUCUCGGAGCGGAACCCCUCCAAGAACAUCAGGAUGAUGCAAGCGCAGGAGGCCGUCAGCCGGGUCAAGAGGAUGCAGAAAGCUGCUAAGAUCAAGAAAAAAGCGAAUUCCGAAGGGGAUUCCCAGACACUGACAGAAGUGGACCUCUUCAUCUCCACCCAGAGGAUCAAGGUUUUAAAUGCAGACACACAGGAAACCAUGAUGGACCACGCCCUGCGCACCAUCUCCUACAUCGCUGACAUCGGGAACAUCGUGGUGCUGAUGGCCAGACGCCGCAUGCCCCGGUCAGCCUCUCAGGACUGCAUUGAGACCACGCCCGGGGCCCAGGAGGGGAAGAAACAGUACAAGAUGAUCUGCCACGUGUUCGAGUCGGAGGACGCGCAGCUCAUCGCCCAGUCCAUCGGGCAGGCCUUCAGCGUGGCCUACCAGGAGUUCCUGCGGGCCAACGGCAUCAACCCCGAGGACCUGAGCCAGAAGGAGUACAGCGACAUCAUCAACACCCAGGAGAUGUACAACGACGACCUUAUCCACUUCUCCAACUCGGAGAACUGCAAGGAGCUGCAGCUGGAGAAGCACAAGGGUGAGAUCCUGGGUGUGGUGGUCGUGGAGUCGGGCUGGGGCUCCAUCCUGCCCACGGUGAUCCUGGCGAACAUGAUGAAUGGGGGCCCAGCCGCCCGCUCGGGGAAGCUGAGCAUCGGGGACCAGAUAAUGUCCAUCAAUGGCACCAGCCUGGUGGGGCUGCCCCUCGCCACCUGUCAGGGCAUCAUCAAGGGCCUGAAGAACCAGACGCAAGUGAAGCUCAACAUUGUCAGCUGUCCCCCGGUCACCACUGUUCUUAUCAAGCGGCCAGACCUCAAGUACCAGCUGGGCUUCAGCGUGCAGAAUGGAAUCAUCUGCAGCCUCAUGAGAGGGGGCAUCGCAGAGCGAGGUGGCGUCCGCGUCGGCCACCGCAUCAUCGAGAUCAAUGGGCAGAGCGUGGUGGCCACGGCCCAUGAGAAGAUUGUUCAAGCUCUGUCCAACUCGGUCGGGGAGAUUCACAUGAAGACCAUGCCUGCUGCCAUGUUCAGGCUCCUCACAGGCCAGGAGACCCCCCUCUACAUCUAGGACCCCCAGCCCUGGCCACAGAGCCGGGAACACCAACAGGCCCACCUGGGCCCAGAAGAGCCGGAAGCUGGGACCUAGGACCUGACCCUUGAUCCCUGAUCCCCCAGCCCAGCCAAGGACACUGCUCCCCUGAAGGGCAUACUCUUGCCACCCACUUUUUUUUCUGGCCGAUAAGGGGUAUGUCUUUAUUCAAGGAGAGCCACAGGAACACAUCUUCGUAAAACAGUCGAGUAUUUUGCCCCAUUCUGAACUGUGUCCUCAUUGCGAGUAAGGGUACCUCUGUGUGGUGUAGAGUGUGUGUCCUUCCCCCUGAAGCUGUAGAAAGUGAAUGUGGGGGCCUGCCAGAGGCGGCACUGAAGGGAGGCCUCUGGGGACGCAGCUCCUGGCUGGGACGUCUGGGGGCCUACGGGGACUGCCACUGCUCCACAGGAACCUGGGCAGCCUGGCCCACAGGAUGACUGUAAUGAAAGCAUGGGGACAUGUGAUUGAUUGAAUUUACUGAGAAAGGGAUACUCCUGAGUUUAAUAAAUGACGAUGGCCAUGACAUCAAAACUCCAUAUUUAUUUAGGUGACAGUCCCAUUUGGACUUUUAUUUCGACAAGCUGUUCUUCAGACUAGGGUUUUCCGAUGACCCGUGACCACACCUGCAUCUCCAGUCUCACCUGUUCUUGCGUGUCUUUGGACUCACCUGGGCACCCCCCAACUCCUGGCUGCCUCUUCACAGCCAGGCUUCCCACCAGGGGGACCAGGCUGCUACCCUGCCAGGGACAAGGAGGGUAGCAUGGACGUCUGCCCCUAUUUAAAAUCUCUAUCUACACACACACAUCGCACUCCUGCUCCCCAGUGGACAAGCAAAACCCACAACAGAAAACGCGACCUCUGCCACUCCGGAGGCAACCAGCCACGAGCGCAGGCCCCGCGAGCAGCAUUGGGGCGUGGAGAUACAGUAAGGUAGAGUCUAGCUCAGCUCAUUCGAGAUCAGUGCUAACUGACGUCGUUUUGCCUGAAGUCUUUCUUUGGCCUCGAAGAAUACACUGUGACUUAAGAAGCCUUACCACGCAGUGACUAAAGCUUAGGACACUGCAUUCAAGGGGUAACCUGUGUGUUGCAUGCGCUGACCUUAGGAGGACUUCGCUCAUGUCACUAAUAAACCCGAAGUCAUGACGAAAA